AUGAGUAGUCCAUACGAGAGAGAACUUGAUUGGGUGCUUGUGGAUAUAGACAGUGAUGCAGCUAUUAUCAGCUCCUCCCCAAGAUCGAGGACAUUAGAUGAGAUGGAGUUAAAUGAUGACAACCGAAAGAGAAAGUACAACAGAAUAUCAAAUAACGAACCACAAAAAGAAUGGAUAGUAAAGUAUAAAGACGACCACAAGCUCGAUUACGAUGAAGUCGUAAAAAAAUAUUAUAAACUAUUGAAAGCUUUACAGCAGAAACCGAAUAAUUGCGAAGAUAUGAGGGCGCAUUCAACGUCACCUCAGUCACCGUCGCUGGGGUCACUGGAUGUGCAGGCCACUCAAACUGACAAUUGCAGUAGUGAAAAAGUUAUGUUGCGAUUUAGAGACCAAAACGAACCUAACGCUGGUCCCGCUAAUAAAUCCGUGAAAGAACAUCGCCAAAAAUUUGAACAUGAUGCUUUUAUGCAAUCAGAUGACAAUAGUCCCCUUAUUGAUAAGAGAAACAAUAGUCAACCUGAGACAGCGAAGAAAAUAAGAACAAAAAUAAUCAUCAACGUUGAACCCAAUGAGAAAAAUAUAAGGAAAAAAGACAUCACCGAUAAAACAAAGCCAAAUGAAAGUCAAUCGUUGGCCACAUUAUCAAAUAACGUACCACAAAAAUUGAUCGGUAUUGGCACUGGAAACACGAUGAUACAUGAAUAUAAUUACAAACACAUCAACUGGGACUCUUAUAAAAUCGCCACAAGGUCUCUACUUUGUUUAACCUUUUCAAGAAAGACCUUGGCGACCCAUUCUCUGACUGGGAAGAAGUCACCAGCUUUCAAACAUAAGCCUGCUAAAACGUGCUUGGAUCCCAAAAUAAUUACUGACGUGGUGAUCGAGGUGAUGAAGAGGUGUGGUGUUAAAGAAAAUCUGAUUCGAACCAUCAUUACGAAUAAGUGCUCUGACGAGGCCAAGAGGUUGAAAUUACGACAGAUAAAGAAGAGCUUUAGAGGAAAUGACGAAAACAUUCCACCGUGGGCUGACAUUGAAGAAAAACCAAAGACAUUUGAAUUUGACCAGCUAUACGAUUACAAUCUGUCGGAUAUCCGAUAG